UUUCAUUUCCCUUAAGUCGAUUAAAAACGCUAUCGAAGUACAGUUAUUUGAGCACGUUUCAUAUGUAUAAGGAGUUUCUCAGCAAAUUUGUCAGAUUUGCUGUAAUGGAGAAUACAAAGAGUAGCGUCGAGGAGUCCCAAACCCCUGGAGAAAUCGAGCAAAAUGAGAAAACCCAGAAAACUGAGGAAGCCGAAGAUGAUGAGGAUAAUACAUCUCAAACAGAUGAAGAUGCCCGCCUCGAUUUGAGCUUCGAAACAACGGAAUAUCUAAAGUUUUUAAAGCGUAAACUUAAGAGUUAUCCACUACAUAUUAAAAAUAUAAUCAAGCUGGAGAUCAAACGCAUACUAUCUGGAGCUGAUAACGGGUUACUCGAAAAGCCAGAAGAUAUCAAUUGUCCAGAGUGAACACAGAGAAAAAACUUUAUAAAUCUAAAAAACUUCAACUGUGAAUCAAUCAUUUAC